AUGGGAGCCGACGAUAAGCCUAGCACGUAUCGCUACAACGAGGUUCCGGUCUAUACCACCUCUAAUGGCUGCCCGGUUAUGGACCCGGAGUCCUCGCAGAGGGUGGGCGAGAAUGGACCUUUGCUUUUACAGGAUUUCCAUCUCAUAGACCUGUUGGCACACUUCGAUCGCGAACGUAUCCCCGAGCGAGUUGUACAUGCCAAAGGAGCUGGUGCCUACGGUGAAUUUGAAGUCACCGAUGAUAUCUCCGAUAUUACUAUAAUCGACAUGCUCAAAGGAGUAGGCAAGAAGACCAAGCUGCUCACUCGUUUCUCCACUGUUGGCGGUGAAAAGGGCUCAGCAGACAGUGCACGGGACCCUCGUGGCUUUGCUAUCAAGUUUUAUACGGAAGAAGGAAAUCUAGACUGGGUCUUCAACAAUACGCCGAUAUUCUUUUUGCGGGAUCCUGCCAAAUUCCCUAUCUUCAUCCAUACCCAGAAACGUAACCCGCAAACAAAUCUCAAAGACCCAGACAUGUUUUGGGAUUAUCUGUCUACGCAUCAGGAGUCCGCCCACCAAAUCAUGCAUCUGUUUUCAGACCGUGGCACACCUUAUUCCUAUCGCCACAUGAACGGCUAUUCUGGCCACACAUACAAAUGGAUAACCCCAGACGGAGGCUUUAACUAUGUCCAAAUUCACCUCAAGACUGACCAGGGUAUCAAGAACUUCACCAAUGAUGAAGCUAGCCGAAUGUCCGCUGAGAACCCAGACUGGCAUACCGAGGAUCUCUUUAAAGCCAUCAAGGCUGGCCAGAACCCAUCUUGGACAUGCUAUGUCCAGGUCCUCUCCCCAGCCGAUGCUGAGAAAUUCCGAUGGAAUAUAUUUGACCUCACCAAGGUCUGGCCACACGGCGAAGUCCCUCUCCGCCGCAUUGGCAAACUUACCCUCAACAAGAACCCCGAGAACUACUUUGCCGAGAUGGAGCAAGCUGCCUUCUCACCUUCCCAUGUUGUACCGGGCGUCGAACCGUCGGCUGAUCCAGUACUGCAGUCCCGUCUGUUUUCUUACCCAGAUACCCACCGCCACCGUCUAGGUACAAAUUACACUCAGAUCCCCGUGAACUGUCCUUUGAGGGUAUAUACACCUUACCAGCGAGACGGCCACAUGUCUAUUGACGGCAACCAUGGCGCGAACCCAAACUACCCAUCUAGCUUCAGGAAAGUGGCUUUCCGGCCUGUUCGUGCCAGCCAAGAGCACGAGAAGUGGGCUGGAGCUGUCCUUACAAAGCAAAUACCCGUUACCGACGAAGAUUUCGUGCAGCCGAGUAGACUGUGGGAAGUCAUGGGCAAAGAGAAGGGGCAACAGGAUAACUUUGUAGGGAACGUGGCCGGUCAUUUGGCGGGGGCGAACGAGAAGGUCAGAAGAGCAACUUAUGAAAUGUUCCGUAGAGUCAACAAGGACCUCGGAGCCAGGAUAGAGGCGGCUACUGAAAAGGAGGUAUCUGCUAAACCACAGCCACGCCUUUAA